AUUUCAGUUUUCCUAUUGUCAGACAGAUGUUUUGGGUACUACAUUCAUGGGCGAUCUGUGCAUGGCCAUUCAGAUACAAAUAUGGAAGAGAUGAAUAUGAACCUAAAAAGGGAAGCAGAAAAUCUGUGUAGCCAAAGAGGCUUGUUACCAAAUACAGAUGGUCAGACAUUUCAGAUUUCCAUUUCAAGCAAAAUGAGGCAGCAAUAUGACAAGAUUCAUGAAUCAUUGACAAGGAAACAUGGUCCCGUUAGGCUUCUGAAUUCUUCUGCAACUACAUUUGAGCAAAGCACAAAAGCAUACCAUACUAUGAAUAAAUUUCUAAGCUCAUUUAUUGAUCAUGUUCAUAAGGAAAUGGAUUACAUCAUAAAGGACAAAUUAUUAUUAGAAAGACUUCUUGGAAUGGAAUUUAUGGAACCAAUGGAAAAGAGCAUCUUUUACAAUGAUGAAGGUCAUUCUUUCAGCGAUAUUCUUUAUUAUGGCAAUGAAAGUACCCUUCUCAUCUUUGAUAUGCUGUUUUUUGCCAUUGUGGAUAUGGCUGCUCAGAAUUUCGUUUUAGCAGCUGUUCUUACAUAUUUACAACAAGAGAUUUUCAGGUUCAUUCGUAAUACAGUUGGGCAGAAGAAUUUAGCAUCCAAGACAUUAGUGGAUGAAAGAUUCCUGAUAUAAAUGAAAAAAAAAUUAAUGGACACUAAUGUUGCUCUGAAAAAGAAGUUAUGCAAAAGAAGAAUCUGUUUGCAGUAUUAUUUAAAUAUUAAUGUAUCCUACUUUUGUUAUGUGGCAUACUGGAAAAUCUAUUUUGUAUGAAUUAAAUAUUUCGGUACUUGUAGUAGUUCAUAAUGAAUACCAUGCCCUAGAGCAUUGAUAAAAUACCACAAAAUCCUAUUGUCAAUAUUACAAAAUAAAAUUUAUGUAUUAAUUUUGUAAUUUUAUACAAACUCAAAUUUGCUACUGCAAUAUUUCUGUUGUGGCUAUGUUGAACAUAUUUGCAUACGGUAUAAGUAACCUUUAUGGGUUUAUAAUUUUAUAGUCUCAUGAACUACUUGAUUUAGAAUAUGUAAAGUAUUUAAAUACCAUUUUUAAUGUUUCUGUAAUUUUAUAAAUUUCUAUAAACUUUUAUAAUUUUACUAUGUUAAAU